GUAUAUUGCUGUGUCUCUUGCAUGGCUACUGAAGUAUCCUGGCUGUGCUGUCUCUUCACACGUCUGGAUAACUUAGGCGCCGGUUUCGGCACUCGUCGUCCGCUAUAUAUCUACGGCGGGCUGCCCAUGUGGCAUGCACCUGCGUGCUUUGUGUUGGAUGAAACAGACACCGACAACUGCACAGACACUGGGAUGAAUCAAGCCCGCAUCACCACCAAUACACAGAGCCCCAACCUGACCACACUGACACAAUCUCACCACACCACCCAGCAUCACGCCCACAACCACAGCAAGAGUGGCAGCCCACCUCCCCCACUGCUCCAAGAAUCCCACAUAACAGAUGUCGUCUGGAAAAGAACAAACCCAAAGGACAAAACACCACACCGCGCCCCUCCCAUCCAAAUUCUGACCUCCCCGAUACGCCCCAAGGUAUCGCAGCAAAGGUAGUAACCCGGCCGAACCAGUCAUCAUCACAUGCACCUGGGUGUAUCGAGCAUGUGAAAGUCGAAG